ACAAACGAUAGCCUAUACGUAUCAACCAAACAUGAGUUUAGAUAGACGUGUUGAUAAACCCUAGCUCCAUACAAACCCUAACAACUCAUUACCACAUUCAAAAUUGAAGCCCAGUGUUGGCUUCAUCAAUUCCAUCCACAAGGCACACAUCAAUUAACCAUCUUUUAUGUAUUAAUAUCUAAAUUUCGAAUGUGGGAUUUCUUAAUCAUUUUUUUUCAAGAUUUCCUUCCUGUGAUCAUGUUGCUGUAAGAAGACAAUAUCUGCGGCUAAAAUGGCGUUGAAACAAACAGCAGUUCUGUAUCACUAUCCAUGUCCUGAUGGUGCUUUUGCUGCUUUGGCUGCUCAUAUCUUCUUCUCUGAGUCAUCUGUUCCACCUCUCUUCUUCCCCAACACUGUUUAUUCUCCAAUCAAAGUUGAAGAGCUUCCAGUGGAUCAAAUUAGUGAUGCUUAUCUUCUUGAUUUUGUUGGACCACCUGGUUUUGUCCAGCAGCUCUCCCCCAAAGUUGACCGUGUGAUAAUAUUAGAUCACCAUAAAACCGCACUAAAAAUGCUUGAAGACGGUGAGUUUGAUAGUGAGAAUGUGACUAAGGUGAUAGAUAUGGGAAGGAGUGGGGCGACAAUCGCGUAUGAUUAUUUUAAGGAAAAAAUCUCAGCUCUUGCAAAGGGAAACAAUAUGAGCGGUCUUCGUAAGUUUGAACGCUCUCGUAGGCUGUUUGAAUACAUUGAGGAUGCAGAUUUAUGGCAUUGGCGUCUUCACAACAGCAAAGCUUUCAGCAGCGGUUUAAAAGAUGCGAAUAUUGAGUUCAGUCUGACUUUGAAUCCAUCAUUAUUUCAGCAGUUGCUUUCUUUAGACGUCGAACAUGUGAUAAAUCAAGGCGUGAGCAGCUUAGCACAUAAGCAGACAUUGAUUAACGAGGUUCUUGACCAGUCUUAUGAGAUUGUGCUUGAUGAUGGAUCAUAUUGUCUGGCAGUAAAUGCUGAUGCUGUGUCUGAUCUGAGGAGUGAGCUUGGUCACCAAUUAGCUGAAAAAAGCCGCAAUCGUAACUUAAGGGGCAUAGGCGCAGUGGUAUACAGAGUCCCCGAGCUCAAAGACGACCAAAUUCUAAAAAUAAGCCUCAGAAGUAUAGAUAAUGAAGAUACGACUUCAAUAUCACAGAAACAUGGAGGUGGCGGCCAUCGAAAUGCAAGUUCAUUCAUGCUGAGUUGUCAAGAAUUUGAGCAAUGGAAAGUAGGCUGUGCUGCCAAUGGUGCUUGAGAAUACCGCAUAGAUUAGUUAGGAUCGUUAAAUUCGGAAAUGUCUUACUCAGGUUUCAGGUGUAACAUUGUAUUUUAUGUUUUCUGUUCUAUCAUGAUUGGAUUGGUUUUUGAUCAAGGCGUUUGUAAUUUUUCAAGUUAAUUACACUGAUGGUUCCUGUGGUUCGGCCUGAUUA